AUGGCCCAAAGGCGUGCUAGGCACCGCACUGUUUCCUUCCCGGACGCCUCUAUUCACUCCCGACGCAAACUUCAGGUCCGACGCGCACCAACAAGUCAACGACGCGUAUUCCCCUUCCCCACUUCGUAUAUUGACACCGAACCUUCCUCCUUCGCGUCUGGCAGAUCUUCAUCCUCCUCCACUCGCGCUGUACUCGUACCUGUCCACUUCAACCUCCGUCGCCUCCCCUCACGCACAUUCUCGGGUCACAAGCAAAGCAUGCGCGAUGUUUCGAAUGGAUGCGACGUGUCAAUUGGUAUGAAGCGCAAGCGAGCGGUCAGCGGGGGCGAGAACACGGCCGGCUCAAGAGGCGCCCGCAGCGGCGCCAAGCGGCUGAAGGCGACGGUCGAGUCUGAUGAUGAAGAACUGCCGAACGAGAUGGAAGUGGACGAUGAGCAGAGCUGGGACACGUCGGAGGAGUCUGGAUCGGAAGAUGGGCUGGAUUCAUCCGAUAACUACCUCAUCGAAGAAGCCCCUUCCCAGCGUCUUCUCCGUCUACGCAAAGAUGAGCUCGUCCGCCUCUAUGGCGCAGCCGGUCUCGCCGACGACCCCGACGUUCUGACCAAGAGCGACAUCGUCGAGGCCAUCCUAGCCGCCCGUGACGAUGUGGCUGACCUCCCCCCAUCUUCCCCUGGCACUCACGACAGUGGCUCCAGCGAUUACUCCUCAGAUGGUGGCAAUGUCGCUGGCGGUGAAGAAACCGACAUCGCACGUCGGUUCCGGAACGGAAACCUGCACAGGAGGGCUACGGUGAACGAACUUGGCCGUCCAGUGCGCAAGCACAUGCCGGAUCGAAGUCUCUCUCUGGGCCACCUUCACCGCGGUGCUGGCGACUCAUCGCCCACUAACGGAAGGCGCAAACGGGGAGCAUCUGAUACAUUCACCGACCAGUCCAAUGGUGUUUCCACUAGGAGUCGCGCCAACAGCAACGUUAGCUCAAGCAGAUCCUCCCCGAGUUUUUCCAAUGUUGCCUCCAUGCUUCCCUCCCCUCCCAUCACUCGUCUUCGCACUCGCAAGGCCUCGGGCGAGGUCAACCCUAAUCCCAGCUCAUCGGGCGCCAACAAGGGCAAGGCUAAAGCUAAGCAUGUCGAGUUCAGCACCUCCGUGGAGGUCAACCGUCUACCUUCAACAUACAUCGACCCUGACGAGAGUGACCUUACCGACCUCACCGAAGUCGAGAACUCGCUCAACCAAGCGAAGCCCAGCCCUCGUCGUCUCCGCAGCAAGAGCUCAACGGUCAAACUCGCUCAACAGAGACGAAGGUCGGAGGAUGUGGCGGAGUCGAGUCGACGCGUCGUUCCCGCACGCAAGACCAAAGGCAAGGCGGACGUCUUUACCGAGGGGACAGACGAGGAAGACGAGGAACAUGAAGAGGACGAACUUGUCUCAGAUGAAGGCGAAGGCGAGAUGGACGAGGUGCAAGACACAUCAGCACAGGCCACUCCGAAAGCAAAGGCGCCUUCAUAUGGGCGUCGUACCCCAGUACGGAACCGCCUUCGAGCCCGCCACCUCCAGACGCAUACCCCUCCCAGCGAUGGCGACGACGAAGGAAGCGAAGAGGAAGGCACGGUUGUCGCUGGUGAAGAAGGCGAUGAUGAAGGCAGUGACGAGUGCGAGGAGGAGGCUGUCAAGCCGCGCAAGCUGCGCAAUGGCAAGGUCGUUGGCGAAGGUGAAGUGGAAGACGAUGAGGAGACUGUUGGGGAAGAGGACGAGGACGAGGAGGUCGAUGAAGACGAGGAUGAGGAUGACAGUGAGACGGUUGAUAGCGAGUCUACCACCUCGACUGUAGAGGAAGCUGAAGAGGUCGAAGCCGAAGAGGUUAUGGAUGAUGAAGUCGAUCUCACCCUCGCUACUGCGAAGACGCUCGUACGCCUUCGAAGGGAUGACCUUGUGCGCUUAUGUGAUGCGCGCGAUAUCGAUGCCAGUGGCACGAAACCUCAACUCGCCGAAGCCCUCGUACAGUGGCGCGACAAGCACUGCAGCGAGACGGCCUCAUCUGCCCCUUCAUCAACCGGUACCGCUCGACCUCCGUCCACCGCGCGUCAACCCCCUCGUCGCCGGAAGACUCGUUCAAACUCCGAUGGCACCACACCACCAGUGCUGCUACGAUCGCAUGUGCAUAUGGAUGAACCCCGGACCCCUCCCAUCUCUAGUCGUCGCGAUGCUGAAGGCGAGCUCGAGCUCGACUUGGAGAGCCUCGGCUUGGAUGACCGCGAGAUCCCGCCCGAGAAGCUCACUAAGCUGGAGAAGAUCGGUAGCGGUGGUUUCAAGGACGUUUUCAUCGGCAAGUUUAAAGGACGCCGUGUUGCGAUCGCCGAGUUCCGUGGCACGCUCAGCCAGAUGGACGUCAAGGAGCUGAAGCUGCUUGGGGACUUCGACCAUCCUAACAUUGUUCGCUUCCUGGGCGUCAGUAUCCCGGAGAACACUCGCGAUACGCCGGUGAUGAUCGUUAGCGAGCUCUGUUCCAACGGCGAUCUCUUCGAUUACAUCCGAAACGUCAACCCGCCGUCCCUGUACCGCGUGCUUUCCAUCAUGCUCGACAUCGCCCAUGGCCUCGAAUAUCUGCAUACGCGCAAACCCUCUGUCAUUCACCGCGACUGCAAGUCUUCAAACAUCCUCGUUACAUCGAAAGGGAUUGCCAAGAUCACCGACUUCGGUCUGGCCAAGGUCAAGCAGUCCACCCGCUCUAUGGUCCGCAGCUUGGUCGGCACCGUCAACUGGCAAGCGCCGGAACUGUGGCACCCUCACCCCAAGUACAACCAUAAGGUUGACGUAUUUUCUCUCGCCAUGGUGUUCUGGGAGGUGCUCCAGUGGCACAUCCCGAACAAGAAGUUCCCUUGGGAGGGCAUGAACGAGCAUGCCAUUUACGAUGCUGUUGGUGCUAAGCGCCAAAGACCCUCCAUCGCCGGACUCCGCAAGCAAUGGUGCCCCGAGAUCGUCGACCUCAUCGAGAACAUGUGGGCACAAGAUCCCGCGGAUCGGCCCACCAUGUCUGGAGUGGUCGAAGAACUCUCGAGCAUCGUCCGCCAGUAUCGUUAG